CAAAGAAUGAUAGCCACUGUCAAAGUGAAUCUCUAGAAGUGCACGGUGCUAUUUCUGUCUUCCGAUGAUGAUUUCGAGAAUACGAAAUGCACGGGUCCAAUGUCGUCACCGACCCGACUGCCAAACAUCGCGCAGGGCAAGCUAACUGCUCAGCCCUUGGAUGCUGUCCCUCAGUUCAACUGGGUGUUUCUGGUUGAGCUCAUCGUUUGCGGUAUCCUGACACUAUUCUUCCUCUUCUAUUUCAACAGAUUAUUUGCGACGCUCUUAUCUUAUGGAAUCCGGGCUUAUACGUGGCAUUACUAUCGUAUCUAUAUUGAUAUCCAUGCCCUUCAGAUAUCGCUGUUAGGGGGGAGAAUAUUUUUCAAAGGCGUCCAAUACCAUGGAGAGAAUGAGACAAUAUUGGUCCAGUGGGGUUAUAUUACCUGGAAAUACUGGCUGCGCUCCGUUAGAGAUACCGAACUUAUUCAAGAACGAACACGUCAAGCCGGUAAUGAUUCUUGCGGGACGUCCACAACAAGUCAGCGAGGAAAUGGGAGAAGCCCAGAGUAUAGGACCGGAAAAACUGAGAAUAUUAAGAAGAAAAACCAACGUCCUUGCCGCAUUGAAAUCACGCUCCAUGGAGUAGAAUGGUUUGUUUAUAAUAGAAGCGCAGCAUAUGAUACAAUCCUUGAUGGGUUCCGGAGUUCGACCCAAACCAACCCCCACGAUGUCAAGAACGAAGUUGGAGAAGACAAGCGGGGUAGCAUGUCCAUACAAGAAGUCAAGGAGCCCCAGGUCGAAGUGUCGAACAAACAGAAAGAUGAUUUUCAGUCCGGCAAUCAAAAAGAUGCCCCCACUCCGCAAAGUCUCCCAGAGUCUGACUCUGUGUGUGAUUUAGGUGCUGAUCUAAAACUACCCAAAUUUCUUUCGUUGCUCCCUGUCUGGGUUAAUUGUUACAAAGGGGCUUUGGUUGUUGGUAAUGAGCACACCAAAUCCAUCUUGGCAGCAACCUUUGAAAGGGGAUUUGGAAAAAUAGACGCUGGAAAUUCGGGUCCGCUUGAUAUAUUCAAGCAAAUCUUUGAAUUUGAGUUGCUCCACCCUGUUGUACAACUUAAACCAAAUCCAGAUUUCAAACACUCCCAAUUGGCUGCGGCGAAAUCCAUGCGGCAUGAUACUGAUACUGACCAACAAAGCCGAAGACAACGAUUACAUUGGGCAGUUCGACAUCGCAGAAAAAAGUUAUGGAAUAACCUUCGUGAUCUCAUCCCUUAUUUUCAAAGGUCUGUUGAAUCAUUUCGCGUCCAUCAAGGUUCGAACCAGCCUAGGUCGACACGAAGUUUGUUCGAUACCUUGCCAGGGGAAUCGCAUUGGUUGGGCCUUACGAGAUACCUCGACGAGGAGAGCCGCAAUGAGCAUGAGGGCUGGAAUGCUGUUGAGUAUGGGCGCUUUUCGACCAUACUAGACUGUCCUAGCAUCACGGUCAGGUAUCACUGGGACAUUCCCGGCAGAGUAUUAGCGCAGCGCAUUGGCCCAGCAUCAUCAGUUCGCAGAAUGCUGGAUGAUAUAAAUGGUGCAGAGCCGCCUGAAUGGGGCAUUCAUUUGUCGGUGAAAGGGGGGAUGAUAAAUUACGGCCCUUGGGCAGAUAGGGAGCGUGCCAACCUCCAGGCAAUUCUUUUCCCUAACCCUUAUCGCGAUUCCCAAGCUGCAUCUCCCCUGAGUUUGGGACAAUGGAGACAGAGCACAAAAUUCACUUUCACAGUGGACUUUAAGGAUCAGACGAAUUUAAGAAUUCCUACCAGAGAACCUUCUAAGGACUGGAUAUGGAAGGGUAGAGCGGAGGUGGCUAAAGGUGCUUCAAAAACUAAAAAUCAGAAAGAAAAGAAACAUCCCCGGGGCAAGGAAGGGGAUAAAGGAAGUCAUGGCCCUGAUAUUCGACCAUUCGGUUGGCUCGCCCUGGUGAUAGAACGAGGGUCAAAGCUUGACUACCAGAUGGACAUGGUGGCAACCCAAGCAGGGUACUGCAAUAAGCUUGUUCUUGAUUUACAGGGAAGCAAGUUGACGUCGAGCGUGAACCACGGUGUUUUGUGGCAUUCCGGCCGCCAAAAAAUUUCCUGUGAUUUAUCCAAUCCCCUGGAAUGGAAUACUUUGCACACCUGGUCAUUCGCCAUCGAUAGCAACGAUCUGGAGUUGUUUCUGAUCCGAGAUCAUAUCUUUUUGCUCACCGAUCUCGUUAACGAUUGGACUUCGGGUCCGUUCCCGGAAUUUUAUACGUUUGUUCCUUUCCAAUAUGAUAUCCGUCUCUCAUUCACCGGUGCUAAGCUUUUCCUAAAUGUCAACGACUCAAAUAUAAUCAACAAUCCAACCGACACUGAUGAUAACUCAUUUCUUAUUAUCAAACCAGAAUCUUUGGUUUGCAAUGUACGGAUCCCGACAGUCAAUUACAGACCGAAGCGCAAUGCCAUCCCGUUUGAUCUCACGCUCUCCAAUGCAACAAUGGAAUUUUCGGUUCCUCUUUGGAAUACUCACCGGUCAUUCUUGGAUCAUCCAUCCAUUGCAUCUCUGGAUAGCCUUAGUAUGAAGGGCAAUUACGAUUUCAACACUCUCACAUCUCCUACGUUGACGGAUGUUCUUACUCUCGACCUCACGGGAAGCUCACCAGAACUGUAUCUUUAUGGGUUUGUCGUGAAUACCUUCUUAAAGGUAAAGGAAAACUACUUUGGCGAGAAUUUGCAUUUUAGAACCCUGGAAGAAUUUCAAGAACUGGCUAAUCCAGACAAUCCGCCACUGUCGAAUACGGUUUUAAGCAAGUCUAAUGACCUUGAUGUCAUUUUACAUAUUCAUGCAGAUUUUUGCAAGGUCUUACUCCCAAGCAACAUUUACGAUCGGCUUAAUUGUGUGUGUAUCGAAGCGGCUUCCCUUGAUACCGAUGUGAGAUUUACGAACUACUACAUGGAUCUUCAGGCAUCCUUUAGCCCCUUGGCAGUAUCUCUGCGACCAUUACGUCCGGACGAUUCCCCAUCCCAGACCGAGCUUUUUAUAGACGGAUUGAGCAUUUAUGGACAUAGACUGUUUGGAUUGCCGCCCACUGAGCCGACCUACGUUUGCAAUUGGGAUUUUGACGUUGGCCGGAUAAUGGGAGAAUGUUCGGUCGACUUUGUGAGGAAUUUUAUGUCUGCGCUGAAAUCCUUCAUCUAUUCCAUCGACGACGAAGAAAACUCCUUACCUCCGCUCCAUCCCAUUGUGUUAUAUGACGUUAUAUUUCUGCGAGCGAAAGUUGAGUCGAUUAAAAUCUGGGUACUAUUGAGCACAACUGCAUGCCUCUUUAGUUCAGGUACCCUGGACCUCGACUUCAAUGACUGGGCUGGCCCAAAAUUCUCCGAGCACCUCAACCUCAGCCUUCUAGAUAUAACUUUUGCCGUCGUUGAUCAAAAUUCAUCAGCUCGGGUGGAAAAGGCCUAUCACCCAGUCCGAACGUAUGCCUACGUCCACACUUCUGUCAGUGCUAGAAUGGUGGAACGCAAGGCAAACUUUGUGGCAAGCCGGGACCUUCAACAGCAUCAUGUUAGAACCCAUGACCGUCGCACCCAGAGAACUCCAUGGUUACUUUGGAAUGAUAAAGACGACAGCGUUGGGAUAUCAAAGAGUGGAGAUAAGCAGACCACGGCAGCUAUGUCGGUUCCAUCCAUGCCUCUACCUAUUCGAGAGAUGCCUGGUUUUAUUCCUGAUGCAGUGUCCAUUUUAUCAUCGGACUUCGCCAGUCAAUAUUCUACCGACCCAAUAAAGGGCUCCAUGCCUCCCUUCAGGUAUGAAGAAAAGAGCGGGUUGAAUGGUUAUCCACAAGGGCUGGACCAUUCACUGGCCGCAGUACCUCACAGUGCACUUCUAUCGCCGAAUGCAGAUUCUCUUACCAGUCGCUCAACGCGCCCUCGAAGACAAGUUAGCUUAGAGAGUGAAUCUCGCAGCGUUCUUGAUAAAGAUUAUUUUCGCAAAAUGGCCACUCCUAAGAAAGGACUUGCUAGUGCCUGGUUGGCGCCUACCUUUCGUUCGCACAAAAUGGUCCUAGAUCUCAGCGAUCUUCCUCCAUUGCCAUCUCUUGACGACUUUAACAGGACCGAGGAUAAUGGAGAUGGCGAAUCCGACAUCUUCAGUGGUGAGACGGACGUAAACGUUACACAAACCUACUUUCUUCUCGAUUUAAUAUCAGGAUUGAAAGGGUUUUGCCAUCCUGAGGCUUUUUUUUCUGUGGCCACUUUGCUUGAAAAUUUCCAGCCUGUCCAUCCCAUUGAAGUUCUCGACGAUCUUCAAUCAGCAGUUGUAUCAGACAUCCUCAGCCAUACGAAACGAUUGGCAAGGCCAAGAAGGGUUACGAAUUUGAGUCUGCAACUGCCGGUAUGUCGCGUGAAGCUUCUCAACACUUCGAGUACUUUGAAAGAACAUGGAACCCUGGCGCCUAGAGAUCAACUAGAUUUGCAAGUGCUGAAGAUGCGUGCCUUACUAAGUAGCAAGUCUGAAUCCGAAAAAGAUGCGGUAAAAGACAAGCAAAUGGGAAUGACGAUGCACCUUAAAGCUCAAUCUCUAUCUUUGUCCGCCAUUACGGAGGUCACUGAAGUCCUUGGAGACAGCGCAAUCUUUCAUUUUAUAAUAGAAGACAUUGUGUUCUGGUCUGUCGCUGAUAAAGCUAUACGUUCACGGAUGCAAGUUGAAGAUAUCAACUUGGUGUUCCAGAGUGAAUCUGUUCAGCAUCUACCUAGCUUUGUCAGGCGAGCAUCUACACUCGUAACCUCAGUUAUCCCAACCAUCAAGGGUAUUUCCAUAUCUCGGGCAAAGCGGCUGCAUUCCCUCAUCUAUCACCUUACCAAAUUUGGUUCUCAGACCCCUGACCCUCAAUUUUUAACGAGACCAUCUUAUGUCCUGCGGGCGGCUGAAGAACACUUACGAGUGAAUGACUCGUGGAAGAUCCUUUCGAGGCUUCGCAAUAUCUUCAAGUCCUUACCAGACCAAGCAGCGCAGCAACUCAUAUCAAAUUGCGUUAAGAAUAUUAUCCCCUGCCCGCAAGACCCUCGAUCAAUCGUUUUGUCCAGCUUUGACAAAUGGCGGACUUGGGACCUCGCUCAUGUCAAGAAGAGCUACGUGAUGAAUGUGGUCUGGGGACCAGAUGAGCUAGCGAGCUCACAUAUAUCAGAUGAUUCUCAGAAAGAUAUAUCGCUUUUUGUUCAUUCGAUUCGGGUGUCAUUAGACCCCCUUGCAAGCGUAGAUCUCCUGAUGGUUGAUAAGCUUUCAACAUUAAUUGAGAUGAAGCCCAGUUUCCAAAGGGAAUCUCCAAAAAGAACAUUGACCAUCCAAAACUAUUGUUCAGAUAUUUCGAUAAAGCUAAGAUGGGAACUUAUUAGAGUGCUUGAGGAAGGGUUGGACGCUAUAUUAGAGGUCUUUCCCCAGACUAGCGGUAGUGUUGCGGAGUCAGACGGGACAGCUAGCAAGAAUGACCUCCAGGCCAUCCAUGUUCUUCUGGUCGCUGACAAUGCCUCUACUAUUCUCGAUGGCAUUAAUUUGAGAAUCGCUUUGCUAGGGAAUGCACUUAAAACUUCUAUUUGUCACCAGUCUGAAUCAAGCGGCCAGCCCGGACAGAGCAAUGUUCUUUUCGCUGCCGAAACGUCAACGGCGGAAUUUACAAGUCGGGCAAAAGGCCUCAUGUUAUGGACACUAAUCAGCCCAAAUAUUUACCUGUCUCACAGCUCGACAAAAAAUAAUUCCGAUACCAUCCAUGAUUGGAAAUGCAGUGCACAGUGCCAGAGUCUGAGAUAUGAUAUGGCAGAAGACCCUGUCGGGUUAAUUCAGGUCGCUGAUCGUCUUGUGGAGGACGAAGUCAAGCACAUACUACGCCUGACAGCUAAAUUAGGUCUGUCCGAUGAGCCACAGCUGAAACAAAAGGACCACAGCAUCCACCAGUGCCAUAUUACCACUUUCCUCGAUGAUUACGAGCUUUAUCUUAUGCUGCUCCCAACGACCGCAUAUGUGAUUUCGGGCGAUGUGGUUCGGCUGUCUCUUGCUCCAGCAGCUGAAUCCCGUCUAGAGGUUGAUUUUGAUAUCAAAAGCAGCACCCACUCACUAAGAUCUAGUAAAGAUGGUAGAGAGCGCGUCAUCUCGUCAUUGACCAUUCCUCCGAUCAAUGGACGCGUCGUCAAAUCUUCUUUGAACGGCCAGACAGCGUUGGAUAUCUACUCCACUAUCGAGCUUAUCAAGGUGGAUGCAGACUCAGUAAGGAAUAUACUCGGAGCAAUUAGCGGGCCGGAAAUAUCGCAUUUUGUAUCUGAUUUGCAAGACGACCUGCAAAUUCUGAAAGAAAAUAUCAGCCAGGUUGUUCCUCGUCGGUCUGCUCCGCCUAAUAAACAGCCUAGCACCGAAAGUUUGGCUCUCGCAUAUAAGCUCCGGCUGACACUUGCAGGGAUCAAUGUUCAUUCUAGUGCCCCAAGCUUACAGAUUGAGAACUCUUUUGCCGAUAUGGAUCUUGGUCUCGGUAUUGUUCAGAUAAACCUGGAGUCCCAAGAUUUUGGGUCCGACUUACCUCAGCUCGACGUAAGCUUUUCCCAAGUGAUUUUCGACCUGAGGAGACGCCAAACAGGUCAAAUACAAUCAUUCGGGAACCUGGAUCUGUGCGCCCAGCUUUCAGGAACAUCAAAUAAAAAUGAUAGGGGUGAGAGCGUACGGUAUUAUCAUCUUUCUAGCAAAUGUUUACAAAUUGAGCUGUCUGCUGAGACCGCUUCUAUGAUGGUUGAUAUUGCUACCCAUCUCCAGGAGCGUCUCAAAACCCUCGACAUGUCCCAAGAAAUUAAACACCUGCGAAAGCUGCGACGAAUUAGAUCAAGACGCAAAAGUGUGGUGGCACGAAUUCCUAAAAUCAGUGUGGCUGAAUCAACUGCUCGGGGCGGGUUUCUUGACGCUAUUUACUCUGUUGACCUUUCAAACAUUCAACUAAGCUGGUUAAUCUCUUCGUGUACGGAGCUACCACAAGGAAGGGAGGCAGAGGAUCUUGUAUUCUCCAUCAAGAGGAUUGAACUGGCUACUGGAAGACAAAGCGUAGCUCGGUUACGAAUUCAGGAUAUGCAAUUGCAAAUGGUGCCGCUGUCUGACGCUAAACAAAAUCGAUCACAGAACUCCGCACUCUUGCCCGAAGCGGUGUUCGAUGUCGCAUAUUUGGCGCUAGGAAGCGAACGUCGAUUCGCAUUUCAAGCGGCGGGCAAAGUGUUAGACAUCCGGAUGACAUCCGAUUUUAUUCUCCCUGCAAGUAUCCUUCAGCGAUCCCUUGCCUCGGCAAGUGAGAGCCUUCGGGAAGCAAAGUUUCGAUGGCAAAGCGAUAUGCCAUCGGAAGAGCAAAAGAAAACCAGCAGCAGCCACACCAUUAACUUGAGCUCACUCCUCGUGGAUGCUGAUUUCGCCGGUGCCGUGGUCAGCCUGCAAGGCAGGAAUUACCAGCAGGAUGAAAAUAAUGUCGCAUUUUCCAGCACUCACUUGGGAUCGAGCGGAGGUAAAUAUGGUCAAUAUUCCUCGCAAGAUGCAGUGUCGGUGGCAACCUUGCGUGCUCCAGGGGUUGCUAUUAAAGUCCAAUUUGAGAACACCGAUGGUCAAGACCCAACGUUGAAUGCUGAGAUUAAAGUUGCGGCAUCCUGCAAUGUGCUCCACCCAACUAUUGUGCUAUUGAUCACGGAAAUAACGGCGAGUGUAAAAGAGGUGGUGGGAGAAUCCAACCAGGAUGGUGAAGGCCUUCAUGCCCAAGUCUCAGAAAAAGGGUUGCAAGCCAAAGCCAUUGGAGCAAAUGACCCAACAACUAUCCUUGGACGCUGCAAACUGAAUAUGGGAUUACGAAUUUGCAAGCAGGAAUUUACGCUUAGCUGUCAGCCAAUUGCUCGCGUGGCAGCCAGCGCACGUUUUGAUGAUAGCUAUAUCACGGUAAACACAGUACAAUCCGCAGAGCAGAGAAGAUUCUUUGCUGUUCUGAUAGCAUUCAACAAGUUCCAGGCGUCUAUCAAACACGUCUACUCCAGCGAAUCUACGGCGAGUUUUGAUAUCGACUCAAUUGUCGUGUCCAUGAUGAACAGCAAGCAUGUCAGCUCCAGCAGCGGCAUUUCGGCGAUUCUCAAAAUCAGUCCGAUGCGAUUGCAGAUUAAUGCUAAACAAAUGCAAGAUUUCAUGUUAUUUCAAGAAAUUUGGAUGGCUCCCGAUAGUCCAACCAAAUCGCAAAAGGUCAAAGCGUCAUCUCCUGAAGGACAAGCAUAUAUUGUUCAGCAAUACCAGCAGAUGGCGUCAGCCGAAGCAUUUCCAUGGAACUCGACGAUUGCAAUCGAGCAACUGGACGUUCAACUUGACUUAGGCCAAACACUUGGAAAGUCGGAGUUUACAAUCACAAACCUUUGGCUUUCGUCGAAGAAAAGUUCCGACUGGGAACAGAACCUCUGCGUUGGGUUUGAAACUGCGAGCAUAAAAAGUAUCGGUCGGUUGAGCGGGUUUGUGGAGCUCUCCCAGUUCAAGGUUCGUACUUCUAUCGAAUGGAUAGACGGACAGAACUCGGCAUACCAUACUCCCUUGAUUCAAGCCGCUGUCGGCUUCAGUCGACUGCAAUCGAAGGUAUCGUUUGAGUACCAGCCGUUUUUAGUGGCAGACGUGAGUUCGUUCAAUUUCUUGAUGUAUAAUGUUCGCGACACUUCGGAGGAACACAGUGACCGCCUUGUGAGCAUUCUGGAGGGCGGAAAGUUACAAGUAUUCUGCACAACCUUGACUGCGUCGCAAGGGCUAGCUCUCUUCCAGACGCUACAACGACUGAUCCAAGACAAGCAAGCCGCAUAUGAAGCCUCUUUAAAGGAAAUUGAAGGUUUUAUACGACGCAAAUCCACUCUGGGCUUAGUUUCUACGGAUCAAGAGGCGGAAUCCACAGCGAAGAGUGACUACAGUGAAAUUAAAAUGCCGAUAUCUCUCCAAACGAACGUUGUUGUCAGGCUGGAAGAAAUCAAGAUUGGCACAUUUCCAAGCACCUUCCAAGACAGCCAGAUCUUCAAACUCGAGGCUCUUGAUGCCGAAGCACGGUUCUCUGUUGCGAUCCAAUCUGGGAAGAUACACAGUGGCCUGGGUCUAACGCUUGGCCAGCUACGCGUAGCCCUCUCCAGCGUCAACCGGCCGACUGAAGUCAUUCCCGAAGAGCUCCCUAUUGAUGAAAUCGUCAGUCGGGCCACUAGUUCGCGUGGCGGAACUAUCCUGAAGGUACCACGGCUCGUGGCGACGAUGGAAACCUGGCAACUGCCAACAUCGAACCAUAUUGACUACAUCUUCAAAAGCUCCUUCGAGGGCAAAGUCGACGUCGGCUGGAACUACUCGCGCAUCGCGUUUAUUCGCGGCAUGUGGGAUACGCAUUCACGUGCUCUUGCAAACCGGCUGGGCAAGCCUCUUCCGCAGGCUGCUGUCCAGAUCACCGGCGGGCCACAAGGCGAUGAUGGGGAGUAUAGCGGGCAAGAAAAGAUCACCGCCGUGGUGAAUGUACCCCAGUCGAGAUACACGUACACCGCACUGGAGACACCAGUGAUCGAAACGCCCCAGUUGCGCGACAUGGGCGAGGCCACUCCGCCGUUGGAAUGGAUCGGGUUGCAUAGAGAUAAGCUUCCUAACAUCACGCAUCAAAUCAUCAUUGUUACGUUGAUGGAAGUGGCAAAGGACGUGGAGGAUGCUUAUUCUAAGAUUCUGGGCUCAUAGAACAAGGCGUUUCAAUAUAUAUAUUCUUUUCUUUUCCUUUUCCUUUCCUUUUUUUUUUUUUUUAAGGGGGGGAAUGGCAGGAUAGAUUUCAUUACUUUCCUAGAGAUAAGAAAUCUGUAAUAAUAAUUCACGAGUAAUUGAUGGUCGUUGUCCUCA